AUGGAUGUGAGCAGCUCCACCCCUCAACUCUGCUCACAGACUCUGGACCGUGCGUCGCUGAAUAGGAACAUCUUUGUGGUGAGUCUGUCGGUGGCAGACAUGGUGGUGGCAGUGUACCCCUAACCUCUGGCUCUCCUGGCCAUCUUCCACAAUGACUGGACAGUUGGGGAUGUGCACUGCCAGCUCAGCGUCUUAAUCAUGGGCCUCAGUGUCAUUGGCUCCAUCUUCAACAUCACGGUCAUUGCCAUCAACCGCUACUGCUACAUUUGCCACAGCCUGCACUACAACUGCCUGUUCAGCACCAGGAACACCUGCUGCUACCUGGGCAUCACCUGGCUGCUCACUACCAUGGUCACGGUGCACAACUUCUUUGUGGGCUCACUGCAGUACGACCCACGCAUCUAGUCCUGCACCUUCGCCCAGGGCAGCUCCUACUACACCAUCUCUGUGGUGCUCAUCCACUUCCUGGUGCCCCUCUCGGUGGUCUGUUACUGCUACCUGAGGAUCUGGGUGUUAGUCAUCCAGAUGAAACAAAGGGUGAUACCAAAUGACAAGCAGAAACUAAAGCCCAGCGACCUUCACAACUUCUUGACUAUGUUUUUUGUGUUCCUAUUGUUUGCUGUGUGCUGGGGACCACUCAGCUUCAUUGGCCUGGCAGUGGCCACUGUCCCGGGGAUGGUGCCAAACAUCCCAGAAUGGCUUUUUGUCACUAGUUACUUUAUGGCCUAUUUCAACAGCUGUCUCAAUGCUGUCAUCUACGGGCUACUCAAUCAGAACUUUCGUAAGGAAUACCAGCGCAUCUUCCUACGGCUGUGCACCGCAUUAACAAUAUUUGUGGAAGGCUCCAGGGGGCCAGAUUACCGAGCGGGGACACGCAGGGCACGUGGCCUGGGGCCCGACCUUCCAGGGGGCUUUCAGAUAGCAUAUUAUGAACACAUCGACCUGGAGGUCGAGCCCCCCACCUCAGAUAGCAUAUGA